AUGACGAUUAAAAGAGCUUUUGAUAAACUGACUCAUUCCCUUGAUUAUAUGGAACACCCACGGAUUGGUGCUACCAUUAACAUCCAUCAAUUAGGUCAACUCCACUCUAAUACCAUCAACGGCAAAGGCCACAGUGCGGACACGAUUCUUCAUAUAAUUUUAGGUGAUUGCGAAGCCUUGCAUAAAAGGUGGCUUCGCCCUGGGAGCACUAAUAUUGUUAAGGUGAGAGAAAAGUGGGUCUGGGCGGUCGCUCGUGCAAUGAUACAUGCGUGUAUAAUUAAAGCGUCGCCCCCACUGCCUCUUGAUUUUUCAAACUCGAAUAGCCAUGGUUUGAGGGGAGAAGGACCUAUGCAAACGUGA